CCCAUAAUAUGGGGUAAGUAUAUAAUGCCUUGCUUGUUCAAGUUAUUGCAUCAUGUUUCAUUACACUCAGUCAAAAAGUAAUUGUUAAAUAGAACUUUUGGAGAAUGAACAUUGAAUCUAUUAGUAUUACUUUGAGUGUUCCUAUAGAAAAACUUGCGAAAAGAUGUGAGGGAAAAAAACAGUCAUUACUAAGAGGACUAAGACGUCGAAUAAACCUUUGCCGUUGGCGCCGUUGCCUUUUACUUUUAAAAAGGCUUUUUCAUAGGCCUAACUACUGUUAUUGCCGCAUACAUGACAUAUUUAUUAGUCGUAAAAAUUUGCGAAACUUAAACUAUGGAUUUAAUUCCCGGAAACGUCAUACUGUUGUCUUUAGAGGUAUUAAAAAAUCUUGUAAAAUAUCACCAACGUUAUGGCACUUAAGGUUAGCAGACCUAACAACAAGAAGAAGAUUCCUGCAUUGUUCAAAUUAUUAUUCAGAAAACCUGUUCAUUUUGGUGGAUGUUUUGAGAUCCAAUGCAAAUGGGAAGAAGAAAAAUAGAAAAGGUACCAG